UCUUUCACAUGCACUCAGUGUGGAAAGAGUUUGACAAGCAAACGUAGUCUUAAUCUUCACAUGAGAGUUCACACUGGAGAGAAACCAUUCACUUGUGAUCAGUGCGGGAAGAGUUUCUCACAAUCAUCAAAACUUAAGGAACACAUGAUGAUCCACACUGGAGAGAAACCAUAUGCAUGUGAUCAAUGUGGCAAAAUGUUUUUGAGAGCUUCAGACCUGAAGAAUCACCUGAGAGUUCAUACAAAGGAGAAGCCACAUUCAUGUUAUUUGUGUGGAAAGAGUUUUUCAUGUCUACAAAGUUUGAAAAAACAUCAGAAAAUACAUACUGCUGUGAGAGAGUACAUGUGCUUUGAGUGUGAAAAGACUUUUACUACAGCAAACUGUUUAAAACUGCAUGAGAGGAUUCACACUGGAGAGAAACCUUAUAAGUGUUCACACUGUGACAAGAGAGAGAUUCAGUUAGGACAUCUGAAAACACACGAAAUGAUCCACACUGGAGAGAAACCGUACACGUGUGAUCAGUGCGGGAAGAGUUUUGCACAAAAACAACACCUUACGGCACAUAUGAGGGUUCAUACUGGAGAGAAACCAUUCACUUGUGAUCAAU